AUGGGUUCCCUCUUUGAAGAAGUGCCACUCCCCAGUCAUCCGGCGGUAGCAGUACCGGCCACGGCCACGGCCACGGCCAAGACCACAGCAUCAUCGAGCAGAUACGAUGCAAAGUACUUCCCGAAACAAGAGCCGUGGAACCCGCAUCGACCGGUCAAGAUCGUCAUUGUUGGCGGGGGCAUUGCUGGCGUCACCGCGGCGGUUCUGUUGUCACACAAGGUGCCCAACGCCAUCAUCGCCCUGUACGAACGCCAGGACAAAGUGGGCGGUACGUGGGCGCUCAACGUCUACCCCGGGGUUCGAUGUGAUGUGCCUUCGCACGCCUAUCAGCUCAAUGUCGACCCCAGCCCCGACUGGUCGGAGUACUACCCGAAAGGGGCGGAGAUCCAACAGUACUGGGAGCGCGUGGUGGAGCGGCACGGACUGACCGGGUCGGUGCAUGUCAAGAGAGAAGUGCUCGCGGCGACCUGGCUCAAGGGUGCCAACCAGUGGGCAGUCGAGGUCAAGAACCUGGAGGAUGGAACCGUGGCUGUCGACACGGCCGACUUCUUCGUCAGCGCACAGGGCCGCAUCAACGUGCCCAAGUAUCCGCAGGUCGAGGGCCUGCACGACGUCUUUGGCGGUGAUGUGAUCCAUACAUCCAGCUGGCCGUCCGGCUACGACUUGAAGGGAAAGCGGGUGGCAGUGAUCGGCAACGGGGCCAGCGGCCAGCAGCUGGUGCCCAACAUCCUGCCGCAGGUCUCGCAGCUCGACCACUAUGUGCGCACCAAGACUUGGGUCACAGCGACCUUCUCGCGCGGUCUGCACGAAGCCACCGCCGAUGCCCCGGGCGGCCCACUGUACACCGACGAGGAGAAGCGGGCGUUUCGAGAAGACCCGGCCCUGUACCUGGAGCAUCGACGCUUCUUCGCGCUCAAGUUCCAGCGGCCGCCGGGCUCGGAGAUCCUCGGCAGCGACGCCAACAACCAGCUGCGCGAGCAGAUCAUCGAGACCAUGCGCCACCGGCUCGGUGGUGACGAGGAGUGGCUAGCCCGGGUGCUGCCCGACUAUGCGCCCGGGUGCAAGAGGCUGACUCCGGCGCCUGGCUAUCUCGAAGCUCUGCAGCAGGACAAGGUCGACUACGUGGUGGAUCCCAUCGUGCGCGUGGACGAGACAGGCAUCAUCACAGCCGACGGGAAGCACCGCCCUGUCGAUGUCAUUGUCGCUGCCACUGGCUUCCAGCUGGGCUACACCUCUCUUUUCCCCGUCAUCGGGCCUGACGGAGUGGACAUCAGGGACAAGUGGCAGCCUGGCGGCGAGAUUGGAUACCCAGAGUCGUAUCUGGGCAUCAUGGCACCAGGCUAUCCCAACUAUUUCACCGUCCUCCAGGCCCAGGGGAACGCACGCGGCGGCUCUGUUCCCUUACAGUGUGAGAAUGCGGCCACCUAUAUCGCAAAGGCUAUCCGCAAAGUGCAGGCGCAGAGUUACAUCUCACUGGAGCCUCGGAAGGAUGCGGCCGAGGAGUUCAACGACAUCUCCAACGGCUACUUUGACGGCAAGGUCAUCCGCGACAAGUGCAACAGUUGGGCCAAGCUGGGAGGUGGCGACGCGCGGGUGGUGCUCGCCUGGCCUGGCACCUACCAUCACCGCGCAGCCGCCUUGCGAGACCCGAGAUGGGAGGAUUUUGUCUUCCAGAGACGGCCAGGAGCUUCUCGGAACCGGUUCGAGUACUUUGGCGAUGGCUCGACGAUUCGGGAGGUCACUGUGCGCGACGACAAGGAUUUGACCAGGUACUUGAGAGAGGCUGACAAGUAUGAUAUUGCCACUGUUCAUGAGUUGUGGAACGAGUAG